CACACUCGCUGCUUCACUCCGCCCUCUUUCUCGCUCUGCUGCUGCUGUUGCAUAGGGACAGUAGAGCAGGUAGCCAACGAAUUUUUUUUUCCGAUUACUAGAACUCCGUGCGAGCUCCGGGCCGCCACCGUCGUUGAUGCUGCUCCUCCUCCUCCUCCUUCGACUAUCUCAAUCUGACACUAGCUAGUACAUGUACUACAACGGUCUUCUCUCUUUCCGUGCCUGUGUCUCCACCGCCGCCCCUGCUCUUCUGGCCUUUUCAGCUAUCCAAGGAAGGAAGCGAGGAAAGGUAGCUGGCGUAACAGAGUAGAAGGGGAACUAGAGCAGAGAUAUGGAUGUUGCCAUGUUCAUGGCCCCUGUAAAGCGGACGGAGCGCGUCGAGGUGGUUUCCAAGACUCUGCCGUCGCGCUCCAAGCGGCGGAAAUGCGACGGCGCCCAGCCGCGCACUGUGAGAAUCUUCUGCGUCGACGACGACGCCACUGAGUCUGAGGACGACGACGACGAGGCUGUGCCCCGCCGCGUCCGUCGUUAUGUCCAGGAGGUUCGCCUCGAGCGCCGCCCGGAGGCGGCCGGAAAGAGGAGGCCGGCUAGGAAGCCAAAGGCGGCGACCGCUUCGCCGGGUGGUGGCGUCGGCGAGGGGACGGCGCGCAGGUUCCGCGGCGUCCGGCGGAGGCCGUGGGGAAAGUACGCGGCCGAGAUUCGCGACCCGUGGCGGCGGGUGCGGGUGUGGCUCGGCACGUACGACACCGCCGAGGAGGCGGCGAAGGUGUACGACUCGGCCGCCAUCCGGCUCCGCGGCCCUGACGCCGCCACCAACUUCUCCCGGCAGCCGCCCGCCUCGCACGCGACCCGGCCUGCUCAUCCACCGCAGCAGCCGUCGCUGCCUCCGAGGAAGUGCCUCUCCAGCAGCAACCUCACUUCUGCGUCCGGUGGAUAUGACUCCGGCGACGACUCGCGCAACUUAUCCUCUCCCACCUCAGUCCUCCGAAGCUUCUGGAGCUCCUUCAGUAGUGUUCCCACAAGACCAGCCACGGAGCUCGAAAAAAGGCCGAACUCUCCCCCUCCGGCCGCGGACUCCGACGAGGCUGGGCUUUGCUUACCGUGGCAGCUCGCCGGCAUUUUGCCUGUAGAAGAAGAGGCACUACACGACGAUUUCCUCAUUUUUGGCGCGGUGGAGCCGAGUCUCUUCGAGGACGACUCGGCUCACAUGAGGUUCGUAGCCGAGGAGUUCAGCCCCGGGUUCCUCAGCUCCGACAUCCAUCUCGACUUGUCCACGUGGCAAAAUUCCGACGACUAUUUUCAGGAUAUCGGCGAUUUAUUUACCGUCGCCGAUUAAUCGGCCAGUUUUGCAGCGAAGAAAAACAGAAUCAAGCGUUUUUGUCCA